CCUUCGUUUCUAACUCUGCAACUGAGGCACCGGCAGCGCAGUGGAGUGCGAGCGAGAGUGUGACGUGCGACGGUUGGCUUCUUGUAGCAAGGAAAAAAGGAAUGGAAAAACAGAUGGAACCCUCUACAGUGCAUCUAGAGGUGUCAUUAGCCUCUAAUGACCAGAAUGAUGAUGUUGAGAAAAAGGAAGCCUUUACUGUUCCGACAGAAGUGUUGCUAGCCUCUAAUGAGAAGAAUGAUAGACUUGAACAGGUCAAGAGUGAGGACAACAGUGUGCUGCCAGAUGAAGGGGGAUUGCAGAGUGGCUGUAGUUUGGAAACCUCAAUAGGAAUGGAACAAGAGGUGGGGCCCUUUACAAUGCAGCAGGAAACAUUGUUAACUUCUGAUGAAAAGAAUGAUAAUGAGCAGGCCAGAAUUGAGGCUAAUGCGUUGAUGCCGAACGAAGGAAGCCUGCAGAAUGAUUGUAUUCCAGAAAGCGAGAUAGUAAUAAAACCAGAAAUUGAAUGCUCUACAGUGCAGCAUGAAGUGUUCUUAUUCUCUGAUAACAAGAAUGACAAGGUUAAGCAGUUUGGGGAUGGGGUUGACACAUUAGUGCCUUAUGGAGGCCUCCAGGAUGAUUUCACUCAGGAAGGCAAGACAGGAAUGGAGCACCAAGUAGAGUCCUCUGGAGUGCAACAGGAAGUAUUAUUGCAGACUUAUGACCACAAUGUUAAAGAUGAACUGGUUGGAAAUGCCGACCAUACUGUGAUACCAGAUGAAGGAAGCUGGCCAAAUGAUUACACGCUGGAAAGUUGGACAGAAGGAAAGGAUAACCAAGCCCCACCCAGUACUGAUCGCCUUAGAACUAUAUGGACACCGGCAAUGAACCGCUAUUUUAUUGACAUUAUGAUAGAACAAGUGCGCAAGGGUUAUAAGAUUCGCAAUACAUUUCAAAAAAAUUCAUGGGAGGAUAUGGUUGCUUCUUUCAACAGAAAAUUUGUUGGGUUACAAGUGGAUAAGGAGAUUCUACGAAAUCGAUCGAAAAAGUUGAGGCUACAACAUAAUGCUCUGAAAACUCUUCUUGACCAUAAUGGGUUUCACUGGGAUGAGACACGAAAAAUGGUCAAUGCAGAUGAUCGUGUCUGGAAUGAGUAUCUCAAGGCACACCCUGAAGCACAAUCAUACAGAAGAAAAUCAUUCCCAAAUUAUAGUGAUUUGUGUGUAAUCUUUGGGAGUGAAACCGCUGAUGGAAGAUUUGAGGGUUCAGGGCAGGAUGUAAAUAUCGCUUGCAACACCCCAGUUAUGAACACAGGUGUAGCAACCAAAAGUCUGCAUUCACCGGCUAUCUCAUUUGGCCACAAGGAUCAAUCCCUGGUGAGGUUGUCUCAAUUUGUUGAAGGAAUGGAUACUCAAUUCCCCAGUAGUAGUGAACGUUCGAGGACCAAUUGGACUCCAACAAUGGAUCGUUAUUUCAUUGACAUAAUGAUAGAGCAAGUGCAUAGAGGCUACAAGAAUGGUAAUAUAUUUCGUAAAAAAGCAUGGGAAGAUAUGGUUGCAAUGUUCAAUACAAAAUUUGGAUUCCAGUUGGACAAGGAGGUAUUGAGGAAUCGCCACAAAAAGCUGAGGUUGCAAUACAAUGCUAUCAAAACCCUGCUUGACCAUGGUGGGUUUUGCUGGGAUGAGACUAGACAAAUGGUGACAGCUGAAGAUAAGGUUUGGGAUGAUUAUCUGAAGGUUCAUUCUGAAGCACGAUCAUACAGAACCAAGACUCUCCUAAACUAUAGAGACUUGUGCAUCAUCUAUGGAAAUGAAACUCCUAAUGGAACAGUCAACUGCUUGGUGCAUGAUGUGAACCUUGACAGGAGUCCGGCAAUGAGGAUUGCUGGGGCACCAGGGGAUUUACAAUCUCCAGCUGUGUCUGCUGCCCAUGGAGAUCCAGGUGUGGUAAGGUCUUCUCAGUUUGAAGGAAUGGAUGACCAAGAUCCUCCUACUAAUGAUCGUUUGAAGACUAAAUGGACACCACCAAUGGACCGAUAUUUCAUUGAGUUGAUGAUGGAUCAAGUUAAUAGAGGGUGUAAGGUUGGUAAUGCAUUUAAGAAAGAAGCAUGGGCACAAAUACUUUCAUUGUUCAAUGCAAGAUUUAGGUUGGAGUUGGAUAAGGAGGCUCUUAGGAACCGGUACCGGAAAUUGAGAAUGCAAUAUAAUGCUUUGAAAACUCUUCUAGACCAUGGUGGCUUUCUCUGGGAUGAAACACGACAAAUGGUGACAGCUGAUGAUAAUGUUUGGGAUGAUUAUCUAAAGGGACACCCUGAAGCACGUUCAUAUAGAACUAAAACAGUACCAAACUAUAAUGAUUUGUGCGUGAUAUAUGGACAUCCAACUACUGAUGGAAGGCAGAGCUGCUCUGAACAUGACGUAGAUCAUAAUGGCAUGCCCGGAAUGGAGAUUGAAGUAUGGGAAGAGCCAAUAUCUCCACUAUCUGCUGCCCAUGGAGAUCCACUUGUUGACACACAGGAGUCAUCGUCACAUUCUGAUGAGGCUAUGGAGAUCUCUAAUCAACGGAACAAGCGCCCAUUGGCUCUCCCGUCCACCCUAGAACAUUCUAGAAAAAUGCAGAGGCUCAGUGACCAGAGUAUGGUAGAUGCUCUUCGUGAAAUGGCAAUUGCUGUUACUUCACUGGCAAAUAAGAGAGAGAAUGGUUCGUCCAACACUUUAGAAAAUGUGGUUAAUGCUCUUAAGGCUACACCAGAUGUAGAUGAAGAUCUUUUUCUUGAUGCUUGCGAUCUUCUGGAAGAUGAACAAAAAGCAAAGAUGUUUCUUGCUUUGGAUGCAACAAUUAGGAAGAAGUGGUUGAUGAGGAAGCUUCGUCCAUAGUUGCCUUGGGGUUGCUCUAGUUUUUUGGAUUUUUUUGUUUAUUUGUGUUUUUGGACCAUGGGCAUCUAACAUUUUUCAUAGUGUAAUCCACUGUUGAAUCAUUUGGCCGGAAGAUAUUUUAUGAUCCAUUUAGUUAUUGACGAUUUAUUAUGAUCCACUCAAGCUUGUUAUUGAUG